GUUUCCAUUAUAUAUUCGCUAUUUCCGGUUAAUCUCGAUACAUCACGAUAUAUCGAUUUGUGCAUACGAAAUAUCGAACGCCUGAAAUUUUUCUUUCCGACAGAAGUCCACAAUUGAAGCGUCAAAAUGUUGAUGCCAAAAAAGAAUCGUGUUGCAAUUUAUGAGUACCUUUUUAAAGAAGGUGUUAUGGUUGCAAAAAAAGAUUAUCAUGCACCAAAACAUCCAGAACUGGAAUGUAUUCCAAAUCUUCAAGUUAUUAAGGCUAUGCAGUCUUUGAAAUCUAAAGGAUAUGUUAAAGAACAGUUUGCUUGGAGACAUUUUUACUGGUAUUUAACAAAUGAAGGCAUUGAAUAUUUGCGUGGAUACUUACAUUUACCACCUGAAAUAGUACCUUCCACACUUAAAAGACAAACCAGAUCGGAAACUACAAGACCAAGACCUACAACAGGUGCAAGAAGCGAAGCAUCUAGACCUACAGAAGAUCGUGCUGGAUAUAGACGAGGUCCUGGAGGCCCAGCUGGUCCUGGUGAUAAAAAAGCUGAUGUUGGUGCUGGUACUGGAGAUGUUGAAUUCCGCGGUGGUUUCGGUCGUGGUAAACCACAAUAAUAUUUUAAUGUAAAAUAAAUAAACAUUUCGUAAUAUA